GGUCGGAUUGUUGAGGGCGGCCGGGAGAGCCAGAGAAUGGUCAAAGAGAUCGAAACUCUAAGCGAAGAUGAAAGACGCGCGCUUAGAGGCAGUAAAUUCGCUCCUCUUCCUUCUCUAUCUCGCACUUCCAGUUCUCAGCCCAGAUUGGCUCAUCCUGGUGGACCGGUGACCACAAACAAAGCGGCGGCAUUAGCAAAGUUUCUUGAGAGAAAACUGAAGGAGCCUGAUGGUUUGGCGUCUAUUAACCCUGAUCUUCUUGAAGUCGCUGUCAAUGAUGCCAAACAGACUGUUUUUGCUACAAGCAGUACUUCGAAUCCAGAAAGAAGUGUCCGGCACGUAGACUCCUUUGGUGACACUGACACUGAGGAUUCUGAAGGUGAGAAGAAUGAACUUUCUCAAGUGAAGGAAUGUAAGAAGAGAAAGAACAAGAAGAAAAAAGACAAAAAGAAAAACAAAAAGCGGAAGAAAGUUGAGGAUCCUGGACUCGCUGUCGUCAAAAAGCAUAAAAAGAAGUUCAAGUUCUGAUUUAUUCUGGUUGACAGCCGCGGAUGUUGAAUCUACAUCCUCUUUCAUGGUUUGGACAUCAGACAUGGUUGCCUUGUAAUUUGAGGUUUAUACCAUGUUUCUUGCGGGUUUUCAAAUGGAGGAUUGAGGUCAGUGGACUUUUGCCAUGAGUUCCUCACUUGGGCAGCUGAAUUACAAGCAACGCACGGAGUCAGAGGUACAGCUUUGGCACAUUAACCUCCCAGAUGAUUUGCAAGAUAAGAUUAUGAACUGUUUAUUAGUCAGAUUCUUUCAGGGGUUGGUGGUGUUGGCAAUGUUAUGGUAACUGUUCACAAAUUAUUAACUCAUGAUGGUCCAAGUUGCGGGGGAGGAUGCUAUGUCUCAGAAAC